AUGAAGAAGAACCACACACAAGUGACAGAAUUUAUCCUGCUUGGGUUCUCUGUACGUCCAGAGCUACAGAUUGCAUUUUUCAUCCUGUUCCUGCUCAUGUACAUCCUAACCCUGAUAGGAAAUCUGCUGAUAAUGUCUGUUGUUUAUUCUGAUCGGAGCCUCCAUGUUCCCAUGUACAUCUUCCUCUUUGCUUUGUCUUGCUCUGAAACCUGUUACAGUUUAGUCAUUGUCCCCAAAAUGCUGGUUGAUCUGAUAGCAAAAGUCGGAAUCAUCUCUUUUGCAGGGUGUGCUGCACAAAUGUUUCUUUUCCUUGGACUGGGUGCAACAAACUGUCUCAUUCUUACGUCUAUGGGCUAUGAUCGGUACCUGGCAAUAUGCCACCCCUUGCGCUAUCCUGUCCUUAUGAACAUGCGGGUAAUUCUUUGACUCAUAGUCAUUUCCUGGGUUGCGGGAUUCCUCAUAUCUCUGAGUGAGGCUGCACAGAUCCUUAGGUUGCCCUUUUGUGGCCCCAAUGCCAUCCGGCACUUCUUUUGUCACAUGAGGGCAGUGGUUAGGUUAGCCUGCACUGCCGAUAAUAUGACUGAAGUGUCGAUCUCUACUAUUGGCAUGCUGGGUUUGGCUGGCAGCCUUCUGUUCAUCAUGAUGACCUACAUCUUAAUUCUCUCCACCAUCCUGCGCAUUCCCUCCACUGAAGGCCACCAGAAAGCUUUCUCCACCUGUGCCGCCCACCUCAUUGUGGUAAGUGUGCACUAUACCUUUGCCUCCAUCAUUUAUUUCAAAUCGAGCACAGCUGACACAUUAGAAGAUGACACACUGAUUUCCAUACCCUACACCAUAAUUACUCCAUUUCUCAGUCCCAUUAUCUUUACUUUGAGAAACAAGGAAAUCAAGGUUGCGGUAAGGAAGGUAAUCAUUAAAAAGGUACUUUCCCAAAAGAUAUGA